GAGAUACACGGACACAGCUGCGUAGUCACUGACCGUCCGGGCUCGCUACGCCGUGGCCAUCCCGUGCGUCACACAACACGCACGCACGCCAUCCCUCGCGAAGCUUCCUCUUCCUCCUCCGGCCGCCACCGACCCGAACCCACCCCGCCGCGGCGCCUCCCUUACCACCAUAUAUUCCUCCCAACCUCUCGCCGUCGAGGAUCGGUGAGAGGAGAGGAGCCGAGGAGAAAUCGAAACGCGUUUCGGAUCGGAUCGGAAGGGGAGGGAGAGAGGAUUUCAGGAUGGAUUUCGAGCUGCGGCAGGCGCGGGAGAAGCUGGAGCGCGAGCAGCGGGAGCGGAUGCAGCGCGCCAAGGCCAAGGCCGAGCGCGAGCGCCGGGCCAAGGCCGAGGCCGCGCGCCGCCAGGAGGCGCUCGAGGCGUCCCACCGCGAGCGACGCCUCGACGCCGCGCGCGUCCAGGAAGAGGCUGACCAGAAAAUGGAAGAGGUAAUGCAGCUGGGGAAGGGGGUUUCAUUCUCGCACAUGUUUGAGGCACUUCGAUAUGAUGGCCCUGGGGAUAAGAUCAAGCUACCACCAUCUUCGUUUAAGGAAUUAUCAGAUGAGGGAGCCCUGGAUAAAGGUCCCAUGUACUUCAGGUUGUCCAAGGUUAGGGACACAGUCCCGGGUGCCACUAUGGAACAAGACACCGAGGAGGCAACCUGUUCCGGUGUUCUUGAAUUCACUGCCAGGGAAGGCUCUGCUGAACUCCCACUGCAUGUUUGGAACAACCUGUUCCGGAGUGACACCCCAGACAUCCCUCUGAUUGAAGUCAAGUAUGUCAGUUUGCCCAAAGGAACAUAUGCGAAGUUGAAGCCAGAAGGAGCUGGGUUUUCAGAUCUCCCUAACCAUAGAGCAGUCCUUGAAACGGCACUCCGCAAUCACGCAACACUAUCUGAAAACGAUAUUGUUGUGGUGAACUAUGGGCUACUGCAGUACAAGUUAAAGGUUCUUGAACUGAAGCCCGCGUCAAGUGUAUCUGUCCUAGAGACAGAUGUUGAAGUUGACAUAGAGGGAUCAGAUUCAGUUUUGGACAACGAAGAGAACCAACAUGUGCUUGCGCCGCUUGCAAUUGGAAAGGUUGAAUCCAGUGUUGUGGAAGAAGGAAAGUUCAGGUAUUACAAAUUUUCAGUUGAAGAAAGUGUGGGUGAGAAAGUAGCUUCUGGGCGUGUUAAUAUUGAGGUUAAGAUAGACACGGAUGCAAGCGGUGGCGACACUGAUAUCUACAUUUCAAGGCAUCCUUUAGUAUUCCCGACUCAGCAUCGACAUGAGUGGUCUUCUCAUGAAAUGGGAUCAAAAGUUCUUAUACUCAAACCACGGGAUUCCAAUUUGGUCAGUGGUGUUUACAGUAUUGGAGUUUAUGGUUUCAAAGGGACUUCUAAGUACCAGCUCUCUGUAGCUAUUAAGGAUGUUAAUGGCCAAAGGAUUGGUGAACAUGCUAGUGCUUCAGGAAGUGUCGAUGCUGAUUCAGUACUGUGUAGUAACUGUAAGCGCCAUAUAGCCAGCCGAUCUGCUCAUCUUCACGAGGCAUACUGCAUGAGACACAAUGUUGCCUGCCCGCAUGAUGGCUGCGGAGUUGUUCUUCGGAAAGAAGAAGCAGCAGAUCAUGUGCACUGCAACAAGUGCGGGCGAGCUUUCCAACAGAGGGAAAUGGAGAAACAUAUGAAAGUCUUCCAUGAGCCACUGCAGUGUCCCUGUGGGGUGGUUCUGGAAAAGGAAGAUAUGGUCCAACACCAAUCCUCAACCUGCCCUUUGCGCUUGAUUGUGUGCCGGUUCUGCGGUGACACGGUCCAUGCUGGUGGAGAACCAGUUGAUGCUCGUGACCGACUCCGAAACAUGUGUGAGCAUGAGAGUAUCUGUGGAUCCAGGACGGCACCAUGUGACUCUUGUGGGCGGUCAGUCAUGCUGAAGGAGAUGGACAUUCACCUCAUCGCCGUUCAUCAGAAGAGCUGAUCACCCAGUGGCCCAGGGGUGACCUGAGCUGAGACUGUUGCUUACUCAAAGCUACGAAGUUAUUGAAUUUCAGCACUGCUGGAUCGAACAAGGCCCCAUGGAACUGCAAAUAUGUGAUGUGUUAUGGUUUGUUAUUUGUGGUGUUCCCAUGAAGGAAACACACUGGCGUUGGUGUUGUGUCUGUAUCUUGUUCCUGUGUACAUUAUUUACAAAUCUUCUUUGACAUGUUAGUAUUAUUUAUUUGUUAAAACGAAAUAUAUUCCCUCUGAUAGACCGCGUAAUAUGCGUCCCCUGUCAUUUUAGAUUGUA